UAAUUUAAGAGUUUUUUAAAGUACGAGUAAUUAGUUUUAGUCGUAAAAUUUUAUGUUAUUGUAGGUAGUUAAUUGUAGAGUGAUCUAUUUUUAAGCAUAUUUACUCUACGAAAAAAAAAAUUCUAGUUUAAAUAAAACUCUUGUUUUUUUUUUUUUUUUUUUUUACCAAUCUUUCCAUAGGUUCAGUAACCAAUAUACGGGUCGGCUUAAAAGUUUAGCACCCCUAUCGUUGAUGUAUGGUUGAUGGUGGACCUUUCUAGCAAAGGCUAACUAAACGGGAUGACUCUGCUUUCAGCCUUUUAGAAUAUGGGCUUUUUGAUUGGAUUUACAUAACAGUGUUGUUCGGUUUGGUUUUACAUUAAGGGCAUUUAAUAUUGGGCCUCCAACACGACAACGAUGAAAACCAAUAUACACCACCUUUUUUACUACAAAUAAUGGAGCUUUUUAUAAAAAUAUAAAUUGGGAAGUUAGUGGAUACAUAGUUAUUGGAUGGGAUUUCUCCAAGCUUUAACUGUGUAGUUACAAAUUGGUGUAAUGUGGUGAAGUAAGUAUCUAAUUCUAAGUAAUGGAGUGAUUCGGAUUAGCAGAAUCCUAACUUUAGAUUGUACAAUUAACGAAGCAAAGGAUAAUGGAUGGACAUUUUUUAUUGUAAAAUUUAAACAGUCUAAUCUCUACCAUUAUUUUGUUAUUUCCUAUGUCUUAAGUUAUGUUAAAUAAAAAAAAAAAAUAAAAAAAAAAAAGAAUAUGAAUGUGUAAUAUAACACACGCCUGUUUAGAAAACCGUGAAUAGACUCUUCGUUAAAAGGGAAACUGCCAUAUUUUUUGGCUAACUACGGAGUAAUUUAUUGCCCAUCCACCAUAGACCAUAGUUCAGAAGUUUAUACGUUCUAUAUAAUUCCAUUCAUUUUCUUUGCUUAGAGUUCAUCUCUUCUCUAGUGAUCCCUUUUGUGCAAUGGGAGUUCCAGCGUUUUACAGAUGGCUAGUUGACAAGUAUCCUAAAAUUGUUGUUAACGCCAUUGAAGAACACAAGCCUUACAAUAGCAACAACAACAAAAACCCCAACGGUUUGGAAUUUGACAAUUUAUAUCUUGACAUGAAUGGAAUCAUCCAUCCUUGUUUUCAUCCUCCUCAUCUUAUUGCUACUCCCACCACAUUUGAACAAGUGUUUGAAAAUAUCUAUGCUUACAUAGAUCGUCUAAUCAGUAUUGUAAGACCCCGGAAAUUACUCUAUCUUGCUAUUGAUGGAGUUGCGCCUAGGGCCAAAAUGAACCAACAACGCGCUCGUCGCUUCAAGAAUGCUAAAGACAGUGACAUUGCUGAGGCAGAAGAAAAGAGGCUAAGGGAUGAAUUUGGAAGGAAAGGAAAAAAAGUGUUGCCGAAGCAAGAAUCUCAAGUAUCAGAUUCUAAUGUCAUCACUCCCGGAACUGAAUUUAUGCACGACUUGUCUAGGGCUUUGAACUUGUAUAUCCGCCAAAAGCUUAAGAAUGAUCCUCUUUGGUCCCCACUUGAGGUUAUUCUUUCUGAUGAUACUGUUCCCGGUGAAGGAGAGCACAAAAUCACUUCUUUUAUACGCACUAAGCGUAGCCUUCCAGGAUAUGAUCCCAAUACAAGGCACUGCCUAUAUGGACUGGAUGCAGACUUGAUAAUGCUUGCAUUGGCUACCCAUGAAUUGCAUUUUUCAAUUUUAAGGGAGGAUGUGCUUACAAUCCAAGAACAGGCCCCUAUUUCUGAAGUAACACUUAUUACAAGUAUUCAGAAUGCUACACAGCAUUCCUUGGCCAAAUCAAGCGGGGAUAGGCCAAAACCUUUCUUUGACAGAGGUGAUAAAAUGCUAUCUUUGCUUAUUCAACCUCAACACUAUCAGUUUCUACAAAUUUGGAUUUUGAGGGAAUAUUUGGAGCUCGACAUACAGAUAGAUGAUCCACCAGAAAAUUUUGUUUAUGACAUAGAGCGAAUUAUUGAUGACUUUGUGUUCUUGUGUUUCUUUGUUGGGAAUGACUUCUUGCCUCACAUGCCCACCUUGGAUAUACAUGAGAAUGCUAUAGACUUGCUCAUGCAUAUCUAUAAGAAGGAGUUCAAAAAUCUAGGUGGAUAUUUGGUUGAUAUGCAAAGAGUGAAUGACAAGCAUUCUGGUUACGUCAAGCUGAAGAGAGUUGAGAAGUUUAUUUUGUAUGUUGGAAGUUAUGAAGAAAAGAUCUUCAAGAAACGGACUGAGAUAAGGGACAAAAGACUGAGAAGGAUCUCUGCUCAAUUAUUAGAAUUUGAUGCCAGUGAACAUGAUCAUGAAGAAGAUUUUGAGGUUGGUGUGACGGAUCUGAUGGAACACGAAACUGGAAUCACUUCAGAAAAUAACUCAAGUUCAGAUAUUCAGGAAAUGUUACGAAAUACAAUGGAGCUGAAUGAGAGGCUGAAGAUUUGCAUUCGUAAAAAGUCUGAUCUUUUCAGAGAUGGCAAUUUAGGAACAGAUAAGGUGAAACUAGGUUCAUUGGGUUGGAAGCUGAGAUAUUAUAAACAUAAAUUCAUUGUGGAAGAUUCCAAUAAAAUGGAAAAUGUCAGAAAGGAAAUAGUUCACAAGUAUACAGAAGGACUAUGUUGGGUCUUGCUUUACUAUUAUUCUGGUGUACCAUCUUGGGAUUGGUUUUAUCCAAACUAUUAUGGACCUUUUGCUUCGGAUCUAAAGGGUUUAGCUAGUGUUAAAGUAAGAUUUGAAAAGGGUUCUCCAUUUAAGCCAUUUGACCAGUUAAUGGCCAUGCUUCCACCAAAAAGUGCACAUGCACUUCCAACUGUUUAUCAAGAUUUGAUGACAAAUAGCUGCUCUAGUAUCGUUGAGUUUUAUCCUAUAGAUUUUGAAGUUGAUGUGGAUGGUAAAAGAUUUUUGUGGCAGGGUAUUUGUAAGCUUCCUUUCAUAGAUGAGAAAAAACUCUUGAAUGCCACCAAACUAGCGGAGGUGAAGCUAAGGGAGAGCGAAGCUAUAAGAAAUGUUCAGACAACUAACAAGUCAUUCACAAGGGAUUCAAACAGUUUCAAAGGGGACUUGGGGUGUUAUCUGCAGCAGCAAACAACAAUUGAAGACGAUAUCAUGUGCUUCAAUUUUGAGUUGCCUGCUGAACGCUUUCAGAUACCUCGCCUGCUUGAAGGCAUCCAGCGUCCCAUUCAGAAAGUAUUUGAGAAUGACAUCAUGGAGACAAUUCCUUGGCAUGAAUAUAGUGGCAGGCCCCCAAUCACUAGACGUUUUGAAAGGUACAAUAAGAAUGCAGCUGUUGAUGCUGGGACUACAAUCAAAACUGCUGGCCUAGGUCGUGGCUUUGAAAGUGCAGGUAGAGGAAGAGGAAUCAGCUCAAAUUCAUACCUACCUCGCAAUAAUGACAAUUUGAAGUAUGUGCAUCAAUCUGAGAACAUACAGUCUACAUCAACAUUCCCUCGAAAUGUUAGUAGGGGAUUUGAAAAUAUGAGAAUACAGAAUAGUCACACAAGUAAAUCAACAUACAAUGGAACAUGUAAUACCAGCACACACAAUAGUUUCUGGCAUUCAAGUAAUGUGGUGCGAGAUGAAAAUGCCUCUUGGAGAACAGUAUCACAGACAAGGCCUAGUUUCUCUUCCCAAGGCGGUGAGGGAUCAUCAAUGCAGUUUAGGCCUUGCUAUGCAAAUACCCCUCAUCAGUUUAUGGGUAGAGGCAGAGGUAGAGGAAGGGCCCACUAUUCUUCAGAACUUCCUGCAGGUUAUAGGAAGGAUUGUAAUCGUUGGUAGUUAUCAGCAGGACACUAUUUGGUAGAUGCGAAGGUGUAUGUCCAGUAAUUUUUGUGGAUUGAGAUUAUUUGGUCCUUGUUAUAUUAUUGUUUGGUGCUAGAGUUUAUGUUGGGAUAGGUUACAAAACUGAUUGAUGUUUGGAUGUAGUGCUAGACUACUAGUAUUUGCCUUUUA